AUGUCUCUACAAGAUAAGAAAAACGAGCAGUUGAGCCAGCUCAGUGAGCAGGCGGCAGUGCUUCAUUCGAAUCUAUCUUCUUUGGACUCUUUGGUGAAGGAUGCGUGUUAUCAACAUGAGCUGAUGCAACUGCUAGGCAUGAUGCAUGGGGCCUUAUUUAUGGCCAGCCACCAGGUUUUUGGCAACCAGAUGAUUGGCGACACACACACUGAAUCGGCUUCGGAAGACGAGAAUUGA